AUGCGUCGCGUGUCUCCCAGUCUCCGGAGUAGAGCUGCUGGUGCUGGGGUCCCCGUGGUUGACGCUGCUACUGGUGCUGCGGACCCUGGUGCUGGAGGUGCUGCUGCUGCUGGCGGUGCUGCUGGAGGUGCUGCUGGUGCUGCUGGAGGUGCUGCUGGUGCUGAGGACCCGGGCGUUGGAGCUGCCGGCGGUGCUGCUGGUGCUGCUGGAGGUGUUGCUGUUGCUGAGGACCUUGGUGUUGGAGCUGCUGCUGGAGUUGAGGACCCGGGGGUUGGAGCUGCUACUGGUGGUGAGGACCCUGCCGCUGGUGUCUCUGUUGGUUCUGGAGUUGCUCCACGGCCCCGACCGUACUUCGUUUCGCUCCUUCAGCAGGUUCUUCGUCAGCCUCCUCCUCCUUGUCCUCCUCCUUCCUUAGAGUGUCCGCAGUUGGUCCAGUCACAGCCACAGUUACCGCCUGCCUCCCCUCUCCCUGGUCCUACUCCUUACACUGGUCCGACUGGAGGUCUUACUGAGCGUCGUGAGCCUGAGUCACGUCCUGUGUCGCCUGCGUCUCGUCGUGUGUCACCUGUUCGUGCUGCUACCACUGGUCAUCGUGUCCCGCGUCAGCGUCCUCCUGCUGUCCCCGGCACUCACCAGAUGGCGCUUCGUCAGUCCACUGCUCCACAGCGUGUCCCUCUCCCGUCGCCUCCUGCGUCCUUUCUUCCUGCUCUUGCUGACCCGGCGUCAGACUCCCUUCAAGCUGCCAGUCCUACUAUCACGCGUCUCCUGGCUACUGUUGUCACUGACCCUUCGUUUGAGUCCACUGCGGCGUCUGCCCUAGUUGCUGAGCUUGUCGACUUUGCUGCCACGUGUCGUCUGGACUACGCUGCGAGUCUGGUUGCUGAGUCUGAGUCUGUCUGUCCUCCGUCCGUCGGGGGUGAGUGUGCUCUUGGCACGGACGUCCUUGAGGACAGGCAGGAGGAGUUUGAGUGCUUUGCCGCUGCUUUGCCCCAUCUCGUGUCCAUGCUUGUUGCCCCUGAGGGAGACCCGGAUGCUCUAGACAUCCCGACCCCACGCUCUUACGCAGAGGCGAUGACCGGUCCCUACUCCUCUCAGUGGCAGACAGCCAUGGACGCAAAGAUGGCUUCCUGGAAGUCCACAGGCACCUACGUCGACGAGGUUCCCCCACCUGGGGCGAACAUCGUCAGUGGCAUGUGGAUCUUCAGGGUGAAGCGGCCGCCGGGCUCUCCGCCUGUCUUCAAGGCGCGUUACGUUGCACGAGGCUUCAUCUACGGUCUCCGCCAGGCGCCGCGUGAGUGGCACGACACACUGAGGACUACAAUUGCGGCUCUUGGGUUUGCUCCUUCUACUGCUGACCCGUCGCUGUUUCUGCGCACCGACACCUCGCUGCCGCCGUUCUACAUCCUCGUGUACGUCGACGACUUGGUCUUUGCCACUGCUGACACUGCUGGUCUCGCCCACAUGAAGUCGGAGCUGCAGAAGAGACACACGUGCACAGACCUGGGUGAACUGACAAGCUACCUUGGCUUGCGGAUCACCCGGGACAGAGCACGCCUCACCAUCACCUUGACUCAGUCACACAUGGUGCAGCAGGUCCUUCAGCGCUUCCGCUUCACGCACUCUUCGCCUCAGCCCACUCCUCUGCCUACCGGUCACUCGCUCUCAGCUCUGCCUUCGGAUGAGUCCGUAGAGCCGAGUGGCCCGUAUCCAGAGCUUGUGGGCUGCCUCAUGUACCUGAUGACCUACACUCGACCUGACCUUGCAUACCCUCUCAGCAUCUUAGCACGCUAUGUCGCUCCCGGCCGUCACCGGAAGGAGCACAUGGAUGCAGCUAAGAGGGUGUUGCGCUACUUGUGCAGUACGUCGGGCAUGGGGCUAGUGCUUGGAGGGCGAGACCGGCCUGUUCUCACUGGGCACUCAGACGCUUCUUGGGCAGACAACCAGGCUACUCAGCGGUCGUCUCAGGGUUACACCUUCAGUCUUGGCUCUGGCUCUGUCUCUUGGCGUUCUACUCGCUCUUCUUCUGUUCUCAGCUCCAGCUGUGAGGCUGAGAUGUACGCCACGGCCAUGGCUGCCCAGGAGCUUCGCUGGCUCACCUACCUGCUGACUGACCUUGGAGAGCAGCCUCGUUCUCCUCCAGUGCUGUACGUCGACAACAAGGCCACCAUUGCCUUGUGUGAGGAGCACAGACUGGAGCACAGGACGAAGCACAUUGCUCUGCGCUACUUUCUUGCUCGAGAGCUACAGCAGCGUGGUCAGCUUCUUCUGCGUUACGUGGCCACUGAGGCCAACACUGCUGAUGUGUUCACCAAGGCGCUUCCGCCUGUUGACCAUCAGCGCUUUUGCACUCUUCUAGGCCUUGUGCCGACUGGUCCUCACUUGCUCACUUCUUGA